AAAGUGUUUCCGCCGAAUAAUGAAUCUUCAGUUAUAGUUUUUCUUAAAUAUUUUAAUCCAGAUACGCAGUCAUUAGAAAGCAUUGGUCAGUUGUAUGUUCGCGAAGAGGGUCUUGUUGGUGAAAUUUUUCCCAUUCUUUGCAUGAAAAAAAACCUCCUACCAAACACACCUAUAGAUGUAUAUGAGGAAAUAAGACCGGACAGAAUUGAUAAAAUGUAUCCAGAUUUUACUUUUAAAAGAUCAGAGAUAAUAAAUGGCGAUAUAAUAUGCUUCCAAAAAGCAUUAACAAAUCAAGAGAUUCAAGAACACAUUUCUGCGGGCCGUUUCUACAGCAUUCCACAAUAUUAUGAAUCAUUAUCAAAGAAUGUUAUCGUUCAAUUUAAGUCAAAGUUCGGAUAUCGUGAUCUGAUUCCUGAGUUUGGUUUAAUUUUAAAUAACAAAAUGACAUAUGAAGCUGUUAUUAAUAAAGUCGCUGUUCAUCUUAAUGUUGAUCCUUUAAGUCUGCGUUUAACUUCGAUAUAUUUCGAUGAGAUUGAUAAAAUGUCUUUAUCGGAAACGCUUCAUUAUUCAGCAAAUCUAUAUUACGAA